CACCGGCAACAGGAGGGGCCUCGCGGGGCUGGACUUCUCAGACGCCCCGGUAGAGAUUGAAACGCAGCUGCACCCCCUGAGUAUUAGUUGCAGACUUUAAUAUCAGCCCCCAGCUCACCGGGUGGUUUUUCACUGCGAGUCGGUACACGGUUGGCGAAAAUGUCUAACGGUAACUGGAAGCCCUUUGUUUUCGGCGGACUCGCUUCAAUGACGGCAGAAUGCGGGACCUUCCCAAUCGACCUAGCCAAGACGCGUCUUCAAAUUCAAGGCCAGGUAGGCAGCAAAUACCGAGAGAUCCGGUACAGAGGCAUGCUCCACGCUAUGUCGAGGAUAGGAAGAGAGGAGGGACUCCGCGCGCUGUAUUCAGGAAUAGCUCCCGCUAUACUGCGACAGGCCUCCUAUGGGACCAUCAAAAUUGGCACAUACCAGAGCUUGAAGCGGCUGCUGGUUGACAGACCAGAGGAUGAGACAUUGCUGACUAAUGUGAUGUGUGGUGUUCUCUCUGGAGUCAUCUCGUCCUCCAUCGCCAACCCCACUGAUGUGCUGAAGAUCCGCAUGCAGGCUCAGGGAAAUGUGAUCCAGGGCAGUAUGAUGGGCAACUUCAUCAACAUCUACCAGCAGGAGGGAACAAGAGGACUGUGGAAGGGCGUCUCACUGACUGCUCAGCGGGCAGCCAUCGUGGUCGGGGUGGAGCUACCGGUCUAUGACAUCACCAAGAAGCACCUGAUCCUGUCUGGUCACAUGGGGGACAACGUGUACACCCACUUUGUGUCCAGCUUUGCGUGUGGUCUGGCGGGGGCUUUGGCCUCUAACCCAGUGGACGUGGUCCGGACACGCAUGAUGAACCAGAAAGGAGUCUCUCUGUACCAGGGAACACUGGACUGCAUACUGCAGACGUGGCGCUCCGAGGGCUUCAUGGCCCUCUACAAGGGUUUCUUUCCCAACUGGCUCCGCCUGGGACCGUGGAACAUCAUUUUCUUCCUCACAUACGAACAGCUGAAGAAGAUCAACGUGUGACUGACGGAACGAGACGGCGGAAAAAAGAGAAGAGUACUUGGUCACGCUCGGGGACGAGCUGAGAGGUCCAAAACCUGGAAUGGCUGGAGGGUGAUGGAUCCUAGAUGGAACCACCGAACAAGGGGGAAGAGGGGUUGAUGAAGACCUGUGUAUGAGGGGCGGCGUGCCUUUAAGUUUGACACCGGUCGCCUGAGUUUGCAUAAGGACCGAGAAUGUCGGAUAGCAGCUGACAAUCAUUCCCUUUUGAAAAGCAAAAUGUUUGUGUGUGCGAGUCAACACACUUGGAUCAGGACGUGGUGUUUCUUUAAACAAUUUUCUAUAUUUAGUUGGAUUCAUGGCAAUUUUUCUUUUUUAUUCGAAGAGUCUCCCUGGAAUACUUGCAGAGUUCAGAGCCAAGAAUACAUCAGUGUACUGUAAUACAUAACAGUCAUAUAAACAGCCUGAAGACCCGUGUGUGGGUCCUCAGACUGGAGACACACACACACACACACACACACAUACAUCCCAUGACCAUAUGUGGCGAGACUAGUUGUCCGUCACGCCAGCGAGUCCAGACAGUAACUAUAACUGGGGGAGGACUCCCUGGGUUCUUGUUAUUAUAUGUGUUGCAGUAACAUGAAACACAGCCAUUAUGUAAGUCUUCAUACGAUAUCCCACGUCGCUGUACGACCACUGAGACACGUCAAUGUAUCCAACGGGCAUCAUUUGACGACGUUUGUUGCCAAAAAGCACCUAAACCACUGCACAUGAUCCACAUUUAACUCCAGGUAUAUUUUCAUAUUGUGCUUUUACGCGCUGUGUGCUUAUCUGUGAGCUUUUGUCGUAAAGGAUGAAUGCAUUGCUGGCUGUCUUGCGUGAGCUGCCAUUGCUGCCGAUGUGUAGGUUUACUUUAGGCGUCAAGCCUGCUGUUGCUCUGUAUAUUUGAAAUAAAAGAGAAAAACUCA